CUGGCCACUAGAGGGAGCAUCUUCCUGUGAGUCUGCUGAGUGUGGAGGAAGUCGUUUGCUGGAUUGUUUGGUGUGUGUGCGCUCUGAGCUCUGCCGUGUCAUCUGUGCCGGACAACGUUCUUCCUUCCCCAGAGGGAGAGCGUGGGUUCAGGCAUGAGCGAGGAGAGGAGAACCCCAACACCUGCCCCCCGAAUCAGGUCCGCGGGGGGCAGGGGGAGCCAGCGACCAGGUGUGGAGGGACCAGCGUCAGGAAGUGCAUCAGAGGUCUCCGGGUUGAGGCGCUCUGCCAGGAGGUGCAGCGAUGCAUCUCCAGCCACCCCAGAACCCGUAGAGACAAAGAGCAGCCGCAAGGCUGGCCCUGCAAGUUGUGGGACUACAAGUGCAAGAAGUUCCGGAAGCACAGGUACUGUGACAACAAGGCCUGACAAUGUGGACUGUGAUACUCCUCCUGGAGCAAAGCUAAAUGCCCACGGAUGUGUGGAGGAGGAUUGGGGGAUGCCUAGGGCCCGGGAGUCUGGAGUCCCCCAUAACUCUCGUGUGGCAGAACACAUCCGUGGAUAUGAGGAAGCAAGGGGCAGCUUGUAUAGGCUCCAGGAGGAGGUACGGGAAGCAAAAGCCCUGAUGGAAACUGCGGCGAAACGACAGAAAGCUGAGCUGUCAGCCCGGAUUAAACAGCUGAAAAAUGAAAUAAGGAUCCUGGAGAAGAAGAGAACUUUUAUUUUAGAGAACAGCGGGCCAUUUAGGGAAAAACUUUUAAAUGAAGACCGCUUUCAUACAAUGGAGAGAGAGAAGCAGAGACGGCUGAGGGGGCUUCAGCCACGGGUGGAGGAGGAAGGAGACGCUGCGGAGGCCGAUAAUGUUGAGCCAAAUCCACCCGGGGGUCUGCAACAUCUGACCCCAUACAGUGGGCUCCCUGCAGGGCAAGUGGCGAUGUCAUCUGGCCGUGGCUCUGGCGGUUCGGGGGAUGAGAGCAGCACCAGUCACCAGGGAGGGGCGCUGAUGGCCCAGAUCCAGCUCCUGGAGUCCCCAGGUCGCCUCCAGGACUUCACGUUUGGGGAUGAGUUACCGGAGGAGGCACCUGGGGGAAGGAAAAAGAAGCUAAAGAAGACCAAGCUCCAGGAGCAGAGACCCCCCGGAUGGGCAGAGGCUAUUGGAAGCUGAAUUCGUCUCUCUUGGAAGAAGCGGAGAUAAGACAGUCCUUUGAGGAUUUUCUUCAGAGCCAGGUACCAUUGCUGGGCCUUUGUAGCAGUAAGUCAGAGUGGUGGGAGAUCUUCAAGGAAAGGGUUGCGAGAUUCUUCCGCCAGCUCUCGGGCCUCAGAAGCCUAAACAGGUACCGUUUGUACCAGGGCCUGAGGAAGAAACUUGAGCACCUUGUCUCGACUGGAGGUAGUCGUGACGAUAUCUCCAGAGUGAAGUCCUUGUUGAUGAAGUGCCAGUACGACAGACACGCAUCUUUGGUUUUUGAGAGGGAUUACGGGAAGUACCGCUCGCCUGACCCUUACAGAAACUGCAAGAUGUCAGUGAAUAGUAAAAUAGUCUCAGGACUGAUUGAUAGUACGGGAUCCUUGAAAAGGUCCAGAUCAGGGAUCUUGGAGGUCGUCAGAUCCUUCUACUCGCACCUCUUGGGAAGGAAGGAUCUAGAUCGAGAUAAGGUAUCAGCUUUCUUGGCUGAAACCGUCCCUGAACCAGGAGUAGACCCCUCUCUUGACGUUUUGACAGAGAUGAUCCGGGAAGAGGAAGUCAGGAUGGCUAUUGAUGGGCUUGCCCUCAAGAAGUCACCCGGUCCAGAUGGCUUAACAUCUGAGUUCUAUAAGACCUUUAAGGACACUUUGGUUCCCCUCUUGACUGCGGUUUUUAAUGAGUGUCUAUCCUCGGGCACUCUGCCAAAGUCAAUGAGGAGGUCAGCGCUGAUCAUCCUGUCAAAGGGUAAAGACCCGUUCCACAUUGAGAAUUGGCGUCCCAUAGCGCUUCUCAAUGUGGACCGAAAGAUUCUGGCAAAAGUGCUGUUUAACCGGCUGGUGGAGUUUGCACCCCGGCUCCUUUCGGGGGCUCAGAAUUGCUCUGUUCCGGGCCGCAGUACAUUUAGUGCUGUGCUCAGUGUCCGAGAGGCUGUGGAGCAGGGUAGGGCUGGCCACUGGAAGGGGUACUUGCUGUCCUUGGAUCAGGCAAA